AUGGCUAUCGGUGAUCUGAAAACCGACAAGGGUAUCAAAGAUUUAAAUACCUAUCUAGCGGAUCGCAGUUAUAUCGAAGGGUGGAAUCCCACUCAGGCAGAUGUAGUAGUACUGGAAGCAUUAGGAAAGACACCAACCUCUUCGAACCCUCACGUUUUACGCUGGUAUAAUCACAUCAAAUCAUACGAUUUGAAGACACUACCAGGAGAGAAGAAAGCACCUAGUAUUUUAAGUACCACUACUACUACUAAUGCAGCAACGACGAAAAAUGAUGAUGAUGAUGUGGACCUGUUUGAGUCUGAUGAAGAGGAGGACGCAGAGGCUGCAAAGCUUAGGGAGGAAAGAUUAAAGGCAUACACAGAGAAAAAAUCUAAGAAACCAGCAUUGAUCGCUAAAUCCAGUGUUGUGUUAGAUGUUAAACCAUGGGACGAUGAAACUGACAUGAACGAAAUGGAGAAAUGUGUGAAAUCCAUUGAAAUGGAUGGUCUAGUUUGGGGAGCAUCUAAAUUAGUCGCAGUGGGCUAUGGAAUUCAUAAAUUCAGGAUAAUGUGUGUCAUAGAAGACGAUAAGGUAUCGGUAGAUGACUUGAUCGAACAGAUAGAAAGUUUUCAAGAUUACGUUCAGUCCGUCGAUAUUGAUUCAUUCAAUAAAAUAUAAAUAAAUGUUUUUUGUCUAUUACCUCUAAUGUAAACUUAAUAAAUAAUCGUUGUUUGUACAUAUAA